AUGCAUGGAGAAGCUGGGCUUGGAAAUGCUAUCGCAUAUAAUGUAACAGCUUCCAGAUGGACUUCCGAAGACCCUUCGACUCCUAGCAGUCUUAGUGCUACGGGCACAACAAGUUCUACUGAUUUCUAUGAAGUGGUUGACACGGCAAUCAUUAUUGCCAAAGGAAAGAGAUCUUCGACUCUACAGACUUAUCAUCAUGCCGGAGCUAUGAUGUGUAUGUGGUCUGGUAUUCGAUAUAUGUCACCACCUAUUUGGGCAUGGGUUGCGUAUAAUUCCGGCAUUCAUACUAUGAUGUACACCUAUUACACUUUAACAGCUCUUUCUGUUCCAAUCCCACAGACUUUGAAAAAGAGUCUUACCACAAUGCAAAUUAUCCAAUUUUUGGUUGGAGCCUCUUACGCUGCCAUCCACUCUUUCAUCGCCUACAUCAUACCGAUUCAAGUCCCAAGUCCGAAAGGUUCGCCUGCAGCACUGAAACAUCACACUGCGUACCAAACAGUCUCAUGCAUCAAUACAAGCGGCGAAACAUUUGCCAUUUGGUUCAAUGUGCUCUACUUGACACCGCUGACCAUGUUGUUCGUACGAUUCUUCGUAAAAAGCUACUUCCGCUCUCCAAAAGACGGAAAGCGGAGCUCAUCAAAGAAGGUUGAAUAG